AUGGGCGGUGAUACCAAGCCCCCGGAUGGGGAACCGCCUCCGCCGCAACGCCGCUUAUCCAAGAAGACGGCUGUAGUGAAGGAGGAAGUGAAGGAUCUCGUGACACCACCCGGGCCUCCCGCAAUGGGGGGUUCAAAGCCGUACGGGAACAUGAAAAGUGAGCUGGAAAUCCUACCGCACAAAGAGCAGUCAGAGGAAGGUGCAAGUCUCCAUACAGGAGAUAGAGAAGAGUCUGAAGACCCAGCAGUCGAAGACAAAACACGCAGCGAAAAUGAUGACGAAUCCAUGGGAUGGUCUGGGUCAGAGCCUCUAGUUUUUGACGACGUCAAGGUUGAACCGCUUACCUUCACGGAAAUGUUCGAAUACCUACGUUGUGAAACUGCUGGUAUGGAUCUUGACAAGGCUAUGGAAGUUGAGAGCGUGGCCGACUUAAUUCAAGAUCUAUUCGAACAAGUUUUUCUCGCUAGACCACGAGACCCCCUGCCACCGACACGGGCACGAUAUCCUGACCUAUCUAAGGGAGAAACUGAAAAGCUCCUGCACUACACAGAGGCAACAACUACGAACUAUGAUUCCCGUAAAUGGCGGGCGAGACUGGAAGGACUUGCUCGCUCCAUCUACAAAUCUAGACGAACACUAAGUGAAACGCUGUCAGCAGCCGAACAAGCAGUGAAAGCCAGGCCCGCGCCAGUAGCAAACCCGUGGGAACAGCGACUAUUUCCUCAAUCUACCGCGGAGUUUUUUCUUGGUCGAGGCAACGAUAAAAAUGAUUCCAAGAAGAAUGUGCACACGGAGAAAUUGGGAGCCGAGACGAAUCCUGAGCAACGUGCUAAGCAAGUAUGGGCUCGUCAGAUUGGAGUAGACGGAAUUCUUAACGAGCAACCACGUGAUCGUUACCAUAUUCGCCUCCUCAAUAUCUCUCGUUUCAUGGAUGAGGCAGCCAUUGAUAUGUUUUUGCAAGCGCACUUCAGCGGAACGUACACGACUUGGCAAGAGCCAUGCACGGGAUAUAACAAUGUGCUGCAGACGGAUACAUGGGACAUAUUCUUUAAGUGCCACACAUGUCCUCAAUUUUUGGACAGCAAACGAUUCAUCAACUGGAAUGGCACUAAGAUCCUCGUGCACCAUGUUACUGCUGGGUACCACCAGACACGAAACGCGAAACAACACCAUCGACACGGCAACAUGAAGAGGAAGGACGCGUGGGAAGAAACGAUGGAGGAAGUACAUGGCAAGAAGCCAAACGAGCAGAAAUCACGCCAAACCAGGAAGCUUCUAACACACCUCAGACAGACAAUCCUCGGGAUACUGGGGAGCGUUGACGACUGGAUUGAACACGGAUACGACGAAACCAUAGACCCUAAAGCAAAGAAGCUCACGCCAAAACAAACAGAGACCAAACUAAAGAAGUACUUCGAAGAAGUAGCCCGGUCAACUUCGAGAGUAGAAGCAACUAUACCAACUAAAUAUUGGGGAGUGGCAAGCACAGCUACAGAACAUGGGAUCCACGUCCAAAUUCAUGCCAAGUCCAUCCGCUACGGAAACAGAGACCAGCUCGAGCUGGACCCCAACUGA